UGGGUAUCAUUAAGCAAUAAGAGAGGUUUUUGAUCAUAUGGCUAAAAUAGGCAAAGGGAUUCAGAUUCCUUUAUCAUGGGUACCUGCUAAGGAUGGAAAUGUCCCUAAUAAUGCUCUCAGUGUUACUCGUGGUAUCUAUGUGGUUCGUUGCAAACACGAUGGUCAAUGGAUUCCUGGGAAAGCUGCAACUGGACAUAAUAUAGCUUAUUAUCCACAUGGUGGUGAAGAAAAGAAUACAAGAGAAUAUGAAGUGCUGUGUGAUACCUCUUUUUCAGGAAAUCGAGGAUAUGAAUGGUUACGUGGAUCAUAUGGUGAUGUGCCGAAAAAUUCGAUCAUUGCUGGCAUGUCAGGUGAUGAUCCACUAUACAUAGCUAAAUCUUCAAUUAAUGGAGAACCAUGUGUUGGAAAGGUACAUAGUGGCCAUGAAUGUGCAUAUUUACCAUGGGGUGGUAAAGAACACUCAGUGAAAGAAUAUGAAGUUUUAGUUUGGAAAAAGUGAAACUGAUUUUGUUAUUCUGACCUUCAAGAUCAUCGAAUGAUUAUCUCUCUUAUAUAAUUGUUUCCAUUUAAUUAGAAGGAACAGUAAAAUAAAUAGAUGAAAGUGUAUCUCUUCGUAUUAAAAAAUAACUUAAUAUACAUUAUCAAUAAAAACAUCACAACAAAACCAUAUUACAAAAAUUUCUUAAUAAAAUGAAAUUAAAA